ACUGAAUUUCACUGCAAGAAUAAUUCGUCCCUCACAGCUUGGUAUCUAUGUGUCAUUCCUAUCUCUUCGUUGACAUUACUUUUAAUUCCAUAGUUUUCUCGUUCUCCACUGUUCCUUAUGAAACGCACAAGCAUAUAAAUAUUCCAUAUCCUCAUCUUUUGGGUCUAGUACAAUUUUUAUUCCCUAAAAACUGGAACAACUCAUACUCUCUUAUCUUCUUCCAUUCCAUAGUACCCUUCAUCACCUUUUUUUCCCUUUCAAAAACAACAUUUUUUUUAGAAUUCUUAUAUUGCUAGUAAUCCAAGAGGAACAAGUGUGAAUUCGUAGAGAGAGAUAGGAAGAAAAAUGGAUCAUGAAGCUGAUGCUUACCGGACUGAUUUAAUGACCAUCACUCGCUUUGUUCUGACCGAGCAAUCAAGGUAUCCUGAAUCACGUGGUGAUUUAACUAUCCUCCUUAGUCACAUUGUUCUUGGCUGCAAAUUCGUUUGCUCUGCUGUUAACAAGGCUGGAUUGGCAAAACUCCUAGGACUUGCUGGAGAAACCAAUGUUCAAGGUGAGGAGCAGAAGAAAUUGGAUGUGAUUUCUAAUGAGGUUUUUGUGAAGGCCUUAAUCAGUAGUGGACGUACAUGCCUUCUUGUUUCUGAGGAGUUAGAGGAGGCUAUACUUGUGCCACAAGCACAGCGUGGCAGAUACAUUGUUGUGUUUGAUCCUCUGGAUGGAUCCUCAAACAUUGACUGUGGUGUUUCCAUAGGAACUAUUUUUGGCAUUUACAUGGUGAAGGAACCAGAAGAAGUUACUAUUGAAGACGCUUUACAACCUGGGAACAAACUCGUAGCAGCCGGUUACUGCAUGUAUGGAAGCUCUUGCACGUUUGUGCUUAGCACAGGAAAUGGAGUGAAUGGUUUUACACUUGACCCUUCCCUUGGGGAGUUUAUAUUGACUCAUCCAAACAUCAAGAUACCAAAGAAAGGAAAUAUUUAUUCAGUGAAUGAGGGAAAUGCCAAAAACUGGGAUAAAACAACCACCAAAUAUGUAGAAAAUUGUAAGUUUCCUCAAGAUGGUGCACCAGCAAAGUCUCUUAGGUAUAUUGGCAGCAUGGUUGCUGAUAUCCAUCGAACAUUGCUUUAUGGAGGUAUCUUCAUGUACCCUGCUGAUAUCAAAAGCCCAAAUGGAAAGCUAAGGCUUCUCUACGAAGUCUUUCCAAUGUCAUACUUGAUGGAGCAAGCAGGAGGCCAGGCAUUCACAGGAAAACAAAGGGCACUUGACUUGGUUCCUGAGAAAAUACAUGAACGGUCACCAAUAUUCCUAGGAAGCUACGAUGAAAUUGAGCAAAUGAAAAAGCUUUAUGGUGCACUCAAAGAAAAUGGUGCCUGAGGACUGUAUUUUGUGGUUCUUUUGUUAGAGAUGCCAAUUAUUGGGCUCUUGGUAGUCAUAGUAUGUUUGAAUUGAUGAUGUCAAAUAAUCUAAAGCACAUUAACUUUAAAAGUUAUACCUUAUAUCUUCUCUUCAAAAGUGAUUAUGUAACUUCUGACUGAAGAAUCAAACACGCUAUUAGUUGAACAGUA